AUGGAUGUCGUCAGCAGAGAAAUUGCAAAUACACCUCCAGUGACCGCGGCAUAUAUUGCAACCUGCAUCUUUUUGACGUUUGGUGUACAACUUAAUAUUUUAACUCCUUUCCAGUUAUAUUUCAACCCGUCGUUGAUCUUUUCCAAGUUCCAAAUAUGGCGUCUCAUUACUUGUUUCUGUUUCUUCGGAACCUUCAACUUCAACUUUCUGUUCAAUAUCUUGUUCGCUUACCGUUACUGUCGAAUGCUGGAGGAAACCUGGUACGGCACGCGUACUGCUGAUUUUGUUAUGAUGUUCCUGUUUUGUGGUACUUUAACAUGUAUAAUUGCGGCUUUUGUGCACAUGAUAUUUCUCAGUCAUGUGCUGACUAUGAUGUUAGUAUAUGUCUGGAGCAGGCGCAAUCCAUUUGUACGCCUUAAUAUAUUUGGUGUUCUUGAUGUAAAUGCGCCGUACUUGCCUUGGGUCUUUUUGGCGUUUGCAUUUCUAUUGGGUAACAACAUGAUGACAGAUCUCAUUGGAAUCGCCGUUGGACAUAUGUAUUUCUUUCUUGAAGAUGUUUUUCCCAAUCAGUCCAAUGGUUUUCGGAUUUUAAGGACACCAAAUUUCAUGAAGACACUCUUCAACCGUCGGCCGCGUGAUGAAUAUCAAACCCUUCCCGAGGCGCAGCGCCCCGGAGGUUUUCAAUGGGGUGACGGCGGUCAACAGUGA